UCCGUUCUCUCCCUCUCCCUCUGCCUCUCUCAUGACUCGCCACCGCUUCCUCGGCGGCGCCGCCGCCAACUCGUCGGCCGCGGCCGCAGCCGCCGGCCCUCCCCAGGCCGCCGUCCCCGUCGACUCCGACUACGUCGUCAUCCUCGCCGCCCUCCUCUGCGCCCUCAUAUGCGUCCUCGGCCUCGUCGCCGUCGCCCGCUGCGCCUGGCUCCGCCGCCUCGCCUCCCCCUCCUCCUUCGCCGCCGGCGCCCCACGCCCUCCCCCCCCGGCGCCCCCUCCGCCGCCCUCCAAGGCCAACAAGGGCCUCAAGAAGAAGAUCCUCCGCUCCCUCCCCAAGCUCACCUUCACCCCGGACUCCGCCGCCCGGUUCUCCGACUGCACCAUCUGUCUCGCGGAGUUCGCCGACGGGGACGAAAUCCGGGUGCUGCCCCACUGCGGGCACGCGUUCCACGUGGCCUGCAUCGACCCGUGGCUCGGAUCGCACUCCUCCUGCCCGUCCUGCCGCCGGAUUCUGGUGGCCGCCACCGCGGUGUGCGACAAGUGCGGAAAUUUGCCGGCGGCGACCCCGGGCUCGAGCUCGAUCUCCGGCACAGCCGAGGAGGAGUCCAGAAUGAAGCAAAGAGAAGAUCACGACAGCGGCGGGUUCUUGCCGUAACACGAAUUCUUCC